UAUAUUGCAAGGCAUUGUUAGAUGGUUGCUCACAGGCAUCGUUCAUUACACAGAAGAUUGUGGAUAAAUUGGGAUUACCGAUGCAAAAUACUAGUUCUAAAAUAACUGGUAUCAAUAAUGCCAAGCAUGCGAUUGACAAAUGUAUAAACCUUGAUGUGCAUUCUGCUGUUUAUCCAUUCAAAAUAAAUGUCAAUUGCAAGGUUGUUGAUAAAAUAACAACAAAGUUGCCACAGAUUCCUAUUAACAAGUCGCACAUUACAUUGCCUACUAACUGCAAACUAGCCGAUGAGAAUUUUAAUAAGCAUGGUGAUGUGGAUUUGCUGCUAGAUGCUGGUGUCUUCUUUCAGAUUCUUCUGACGCAGACGAAGAAUAAUGGAGACCAAGCAACCAAACAGCCUAUCGUGACUGCGGGCACUGCAAGUACUUCCGCACCGAGCCUUACAACCUCGAGUGCUGCAGCUUCGAGUACUUCAAUAGCAUGCGCCGCUACGCCACAAGGUCCGACACUAGUGCAGACAUCAUUUGGCGUGAUCAUCGGUGGUCGACUGCAGCUACCUGCAAGAAAAAAGUCCAAGCAGACUGAAUGCCGUUGCCACAACUCAGCUGAUGUGCUUCAUGUCUACACCACGGUUCACUGCGUCGUGCGAGUUCGGUAUUCGUAGUUUAAUUGUAAUGCGUAGUGUAGUGACAAUUCACCUCCUCUCGAGUGGCUCAUGGCGAGGGUAAAUAACUUGUUCCCGGGGAAGAACUGCAUAGUACGCGCAGUUGAGCGACCCUUGGAAAAGCGGUCAUAUUCACAAAGGUCUAUUACAAAAAUAUGUGUACUCCCAAUAACUUAACAAUAAUUACAUAAAAUGUGUUAGUUUAAUGUGUCUAAAAUGCCUAUUGUAAAGGUAGCGGCAACAUACUUGCCAUCAUAAAGGAAUUACGGUUCAAAAUAGAAUGACUACAAAGGAAUGUCAAAUGGUUAAUUCUUAAAUUCUGUAAACAAAGAGCUUUUGUUUAUAUAUGUUAACAUUUGUGUUGAUUACCAGAUCAUCAGUUGUUUUCUUUAAAAUGUAAGUUAUAUUAAUUUAACUGUAAUUGUUAAAUGUUGCUCAUAUUAACAUAGGUACCUACUUAUUUAAUUUCAUAUGAUUCUCGUGGGGGAAUAAUGUUAGCAACAUUGAAAUAAGAACUAUAAGUUCUAAAUUUAAAAUAUUAAAAAUAAUGUUAUUUAGUUGCCAUAGCGGCACUUCUUUAAUUUUCUUUCCUGUGACAAUGCAUGUUUUGUGUGGUUUCUGAAAUAAACUAUUUUUUCCUAAAAGAUUCUUUAAUAAUAUA